ACAUGUUUAACAAUUACAACAUGCGUUGAAUUAUCAGAUUUGGAUGAGGACAAGAGUAGAACGAGUUAUCACUAUGUGGAGCAAGACAGUUCUACCUAUUGUGACAUUUAUACAAAUAAGCUUAUUAGUGAGACCAAGCAAGGGCUUGGACUGUCACUCUGCUAACUGUGCUAACCUGGUUGGAGAAGGAGACUGCACUAGUACAAUACAAACAUGUGGACCAGGACAGGAUGCAUGUCGAGGCUACUAUUACUACAAUGGGGGUGUGCUGACCAUUUCGAAGAGUUGUGAUGCUUUGUCAGGCUGUCAGUCAGGCCAGAGCACUGAUAACUGUGACAAUGAGGGUAUUGGCCCAUAUACAACGAGACAGUGCACAUAUUGCUGUACUGGGAACCUCUGUAAUGAGGAUCCAGAAUCAGGAAACCAAUGCCGUACAGGAGAAUUCUUGAAGAAUGGAAAAUGUGUCCAGUUUGUUAAUUUGCCACAAAGAUGGGCGGAUGCUGAGACAAAAUGCCAGGGAAAUGGUGGACACCUAGCUAUACCUGAGACACAAUCAGAUAUUGAUUUCUACCAGACUCUUAUCACGGAUUCUACAGUGACUUUAGAGGCCUGGAUUGGUGUGAAGUAUAUUUCUCCCGACACCCAAGACUUGAAUGGGGCUACAAUGACAAUUAGUAAUUACAUAGCUGGGGAGCCUGACAACUCUGGCCAAUGUGUCUACUCCAGUGUGUCUCCCAGUGUUGGCUGGCUGGAUGGAGACUGUUUGGGCUAUAAGGCUUACAUCUGUGCAAGAAAUGGCCUAUCUGGAGGCUCAGCAUCAACAGAUGGACAGGGGAAAUAUAUACACAAAGUGCAACAGGGUCAGAACUUUGUAUCUGGAAGUGCGAUCAACACCUCUACAGCGGAGAGUGCCACAGAGUGUGCAAUUGUGUGUGUCAAACUCAGCUGUACUCAUUUCACAUAUAGUCAUGUUGAAAGAGGUUGCUGGAUUGUUGUGAGUGGCCCAUCCCCUGCACUGGAGCCAGCUGAAUCAUGGGAUUUAUUCCUUGUACAAACUUAAUGGGCUACCAUAGCACCAUCUUCAUUCAAUCAGCUCCCGUUGGUUUGAAUCCAGUGAGCACAUGAAGAUGUUAUAGUACAGGACUUCAAAAUGGCAGCUUUACAGGAAUAGAAAACUAAUAAACAGUUUGAACUUUGAACUGAAUCUAAUAGAAUUAAAGAGAUGCUGAACGCACUUCCACAUGGGAAUUUUUUAUUGCUUUAUGUUCUGAAUUUUUGAAGUAAAGAUCUGAGCAGCAACAAAGCUGUAAACCUACUAGCUACAGAACCUGAAGACGAGGAUGAAAACAUUUAGAAAUGUACAUUGUCAAUUAAAAUGCUAUUCUGUUAAUAGUGCAGGAAGAUAUAAUGUAGCAUUGUAAAUGUGCUCAAAACAGGGUCAUAGGGAAAUAAGGGGCGGGGUCAAAACAUCGAUGUC